AUGGCCGAAAGCGAGGGGCGCCAGUGGACGAUUGUCCUGGUUUUAACCGCCCUGCUGCUUUCCCUCGUCGUCCUCUCACAGAUUCUAACAACAUACGUCACGGCUUACCGUCUUGCGCCAAACGAAAUCACCUCUUUCAUCGAUGCUGUUGACUUCUCCAUCGAGGAGAACGAGAGUUACGACCGCGACGUCGCCAAAGUUCAGCGCCUCGAGGAUAAGCUGCGCCUUGGCCGCCUUCUGCGCGAGAUCCAAAAGGGUGGCGAUGACCUACGAGAGCAGAUGAACGCGAUGCUCCUCUCCGACGACACUACCACCCUUCGUACCAUCGAUCGCCUACUCUGGGCGAACAGGCGCCGCGACCUCGAGGACCGAGUACGCAAACUCGACCUCGUGCGAAUGCGCUUCCUCGUUGUUUAUAUGGGUGUCGUAGCAGAGAGGGCAAGCGCAACGCCAGAGAAGCCUCCAACAAUGCCAGUGACACCACCGAGAGAUCUGGAAAAGUCGCCGCUGGCAUUCACGCCGCCUCUGGACCAAACGAAGGCAGGCUUGACGCGUGCGCUGACAGAGGAGAUCCGGCAGAAGCCGCCUCUGCGGAGGUUGACCACCCAGGCUCUCGGCCAUCGCGAGGAUACGGUUCCAGGUCACAAGAUGGGGUGGGCGGGUGUUGUCCAGGAGUUGCAAAGAAGCCCCAAGCUGCACAAACGACGCACUUCCAUCGAGAGGUCUAUCGAGGAGGAGCUGUCCAAAUCCAGGCUGAGUCUCUGA